AUGCCUACAUUCUACCCCUCCCUCACCGAAGACCUAACAACCUGGCUGCAGGCGCAGCCCCUCUUCUUCACAGCCUCGGCGCCGCGCUAUGGCAAGCACAUAAACCUCUCGCCGAAGGGCUUCACUUCUCGCUCCUUCCGCGUGCUGGGACCGAACCGGGCAGCGUACCUGGACGCUACGGGCUCGGGUUCGGAGACCAUCUCGCACGUCUACGAGAACGGGCGCGUGACGGUGAUGUUCACGUCCUUCUCCGCCUCACCGCGCAUACUGCGACUAUUCUGCACCGGGCGGGUGGUGGAGGCCGGGGACGCGGGGUUCGAGGAGAUUGCGCGGCUGUUCGGCCCGCAGGGGGAGGAAGGAGGAGGGGAAGCUGGGGAGGCGGUGAAGGGGGCCAGGGCUGUGAUCCUGUUGGAUAUUUUCAAGGUGCAAACGUCGUGCGGGUACGGGGUUCCCAUUGUGGAGGGGGUUGUCGCCAACGGAGGGGAGGCGAAGGGACGGUUCGGGGAGAGGGAUACCCUGGAGAGGUGGGCCGAGAAGCAGAUCGAGAAGGGGGGUUUGGAGAAGUAUCGGGCCGAGUGGAAUUCCGGCUCGCUGGACAGGCUGCCCGGGCUCAGGAGCGCGCGGAGGGAGAAGGGCGAGAGGGUGCUCUGGGUUGGGGAUCUGCUGACCAGGGUGAGGAGGGUUGGAUGUGAGUGGGAGGGGUUGCUGGUUGGGUUGGGAGUAGGCAUUGGGGUUGGGCUUGGGUUGCAGAGGUUUUUGGUGGGGAGGUAAGCAGUGUAGUGUAGCCUAGUAUGGUAGCGGAUAGUGGACAUCUCCUGUCACUCGAGAACUGGAGGAAGGAAGUGUGA